GCAGUCCAUCAAUUGCUCUCUCUCUCUCUCUCUCUCUCUCUCUGUCCUUCCUCAUUCAGCCCAUCUUGAGCACUAAGUCGGUCCCUCCUCUCUCUCCCACUAGCAGGAGCGCCGGCUACAUUCUCAUUCAGUAUAGAUCUCCUUACAGGAUCAGACCUUCAAACCAAUAGCCUCUACCGUUCAUACACCCCUGGACUAUGUUGCUGCAGCCGCCGCUGCUCCUGGUCGCUCAGAUCUCCUCAGCCGCAACCGCGCACAGCCUGCAAGGUCGCUUGAACCGCCGGAGCUGGUACCACAGGGUCCUCGGCAACUUUAUGCCGAAAAACCUUCAGCCCAGAACUCGCUGCACACCAGCCACGGAGAAGGACCGUCACUAGGACCCCACAGAAUGGAGCAAGAAUGAACAGAAAGUGGCUGAAAGAAAAGCAUGAACUGGAGGUUUAUUGAAUUCAUCUACUUACUGUUUAUAUGGGACCAUAUAACAGUAAAACCUUCCCACCAGGAUCCUACAGCCACCCAGAACCAUGUCACCAAGCAGUUUGAUUGGCUUAUAUCGGACAGGGGCCCUUUCCACAAUUCGAGGGGAUAUUUAUCCUUUGUGGAAAGAUAUCGUCAAGGAUAUACAACAAGAUAUAAAAUAUAUAGAGAGUUUGCACGUUGGAAGGUGAGAAAUACUGCGGUCGAGAGGAGGGACCUAAUCCGGAAUCCUAUCCCACUGAUGCCUGAAUUCCAAAGAAGCAUUCGCUUGCUUGGAAGGAGGCCCUCAACCCAGCAAGUGAUUGACACCAUCAUCCGGAAGUACGGAACACAUGUCCUGUCAUCGGCAAUCCUUGGAGGAGAAGAAGCACUUACCAUGUAUAUGGAUAAAAGCAAGUUAGACAAAAAGUCUGCAAAUGCCAGUCAGAGUGUAGAGGCCCUUCAUCAGCUAGCCUCUUCAUAUUUCAUUGAUCGCGACGGGACCAUGCGAAGACUUCAUGAAAUCCAAAUCUCUACUGGAGCAAUCAAGGUGACCGAGACUCGGACCGGACCAUUGGGAUGUAGCAGCUACGAGAACCUUGACUCAGUGAGUUCAGUACUACUGCAGAGUCCUGAGAGCAGACUGCAUUUGCAAGGUCUCCAGGUUGUUCUUCCCGAAUACCUGAGGGAGAAGUUUGUGCAGUCAGCCUUAAGUUACAUCAUGUGCAAUGCGGAGGGGGAAUACAUCUGUAAGAACAGCCAGUGUGCUUGUCAAUGUGCGGUGGAAUUCCCACAAUGUAACUGUCCCAUCACCGACAUCCAGAUCAUGGAAAAUACAUUGGCUGGGCUUUCUGAGUCUUGGAACACUGCCUAUAAAGAUUUUGAAAUGUCAGAUGAAUUCAAGUCCUUCUUGAAGCGUUUGCCGACCACCCAUUUCCUGACGAUGGGGAGUGUUCACCAGCACUGGGGUAAUGACUGGGAUCUCCAGGCACGCUACAAGAUGCUUCUGAGCAAUGUGGAGAUGUUGAAGCUGAAGAUCCAGCGCACAGCCCGCAAGCUUUUCAGUCUCAGUAUCCGUUGCCGGCACAACCCUAACCACCAGAUGCCUCGAGAAAGGUCGGUACAUCAGUGGCUGAAUCGAGUCCAAUCGUUUUUAUACUGCAGCGAGAACGGUUACUGGGGCACCUUCCUGGAGAGCCAGAAGACCUGCGUGUGCCACACCAUCGCCAAUGUGUGCCAGCGGGCCAUCCCCUGCAACAUUGGCAGCAACAGCAGCUGUGCCAUGUGCAGCCUGGCCAACAUCUCCCUCUGCGGUUCCUGCAACCGGGGCUUCAAGCUGUACCGGGGGCGCUGCGAGCCACAGAAUGUGGACUCGGAGCGCAGCGAGCAGUUUGUCAGCUUUGAGACGGAGCUGGACUUCCACGACCUGGAGCUAAAUUACCUCCUGGCCAAGAAGGACUCCAGACUGUCCAUCCAGACCAUGUUCAUCAGCAACGAGAUCCGCCUGGACACCUUCUUCGACCCCCGAUGGCGGAAGCGAAUGUCACUAACCCUUAAAAGCAACAAAAACCGUGUGGACUUCAUCCACAUGGUGGUGGGCUUGUCCAUGAAGAUCUGCCAGAUGAGAAACAGCAGCCUGGACCCAGUUUUUUUUGUUUACAUUAACCCCUUCAGCGGCAGUCACUCGGAGGGUUGGAACACGCCGAUUGGCGAGUACGGUUACCCCAGCUGGGAGAAAACGAGACUGCACGACUCGCCGUGCUACAAUUGGACCCUGCUUCUGGGCAACAGGUGGAAGACGGUCUUCGAGACCGUCCACGUCUACCUGCGCAGCCGGGCCAAGCUGCCAGCUGCCCUGCGCAACGAGACGGCCCAGGGUCCCGUGGACCUCUCGGACCCCAACAAGCGGCAGAUCUACAUCAAGAUCUCGGACGUGCAGGUGUACGGAUACAGCCUGCGCUUCAACACCGACCUGCUGCGCAGCGCGGUCCAGCAAGUCAACCAGUCGUACGCGCAGGGGAGCCAGUUCCACUCCUCGUCCUCGGUCAUGCUGCUGCUGCUGGACAUCCGAGAGCGCAUCAACCGGCUGGCGCCGCCCGUGGCCCCAGGCAAGGCGCAGCUGGACCUGUUCUCCUGUAUGCUCAAGCACCGCCUCAAGCUUAACAGCAGCGAGGUCAUGCGGGUGAACCACGCCCUGGACAUUUACAACUCCGAGAUCCUGAAACAGGCCGACCUACUGACGACGAAGCUCUGUUGACAUUUUCCGACAGGAUUUGUACAGCGGCAAAAAAAAGAGAAACACAAACACAUGCACCACAAAGUGAUUUCUUGGGGAAAGGCAAGGAGUCGAUGGGGAGAAGUGGGAAGGGGCGGUGGGUGAUUCAGCAAAUCAAUUUGUCCAAGCAUGUUUCUUCUCCCUUCAGACAAGGACACCUUUGUAGUUCCCACUUUAAGCAGGGGAAGGCCUUCCGGGAUGUGUGAGGCAGUCAGGAAUAUUUGUUGUGAACUACUGCCAUUCCAAAAUAUUGUUAGCAUUCUUAUAAUUUCCACAGGUGCACAUGCUAGCUGGUAACUAGCAUGAAUUUGUACAGAAAAUAUAAUGCACACACACACAAAGUAGUUCCACUGGGGUAAGUGGAAUAUAAAACAAUUUAAAAAUAAUUAAUGAUUAAGGAAAUGUUGAGUAUGAGCACGUGUGGAGCUUUAUAGUGGGAAAGUUGGGGGUUAUUGAGGUGGGGGAAGGCACAGUUAGGAAUAAUUUCAUCCGGGGGUCUGUCAGCCACAUUCAUUAGCACUGUAGGACUGCAUUCAGGGAAGCACCUUAAAACACCAACAAACAUUUGCUCAAAAGUCACAUUGAUCUCACUUCAAGCAGUUUGUCAAGUUCCCCCUCAAAAGGUUGCCUAUUGAAUUAAAUAAUCAUAUUCAGAGUCAUAGAAAUUGUAGCCACAGAACAGUGCGGUGAAUAUUAUCCCAUCCAUCCAGCGCUUGGAACUAAAAUUAAACGGCACCUUCGGUGAUAUUGACUCAGCAUUGGUUAACGAUAGUUGGCACAUCAGAAAAAAAAAUCUUAAUUGGAAAAGCUCAAGAGGGGCCAGAGGUCAGCUCGUAAAUUGAGAAAUAAAGAUUCAUAAUUUGACAGUGUUUACCCCUCACUGUUUGAUUAAUGAUGUACAGAUGUUUAAGGGCCAUCCACUGACUUAAUAAUUCAACACUAGCAUCUUUUACUCCAUCGUCAGUAGGAAGUGUUCAGAAGGAGCUGAUGGAUUUUUUUCUCAAUAACAUGAGAAAGUGCUGAAAAUACAGAAUAGACCAGAUGACAACUAAAACAACAAAAUACUCACCCAUUAUUUGCAAGAUUCUUCAUCCUGUCAGAAGAUAAUUUGUUUUUUUUUCAAAUGCCGAUUGGUCUGCACAUUCCUAUUAUUUUCUUUUUUUUUAAUGAUGUUAUUUUAAUUUUCAGGAAUCAUUUCUUUUGGUUUGUUUAAUUAUUUUAUUUAUAACAUUAUAUUUUCUUUUGAGUUCUCUGGCUUUAUGUUAGUGGAGCUUACUGUAGCCUCUGACUGCUCAGUCUCUUCUGACAUGCAAUUCAUGGCAGGGGUUCAGUUCUUGCAUCUGCUUUGCUCCCCCCUUAUACUUUGCAAAAUGUCCUUGACCCUGAGAUAUGGUGACCAAUGAAUUUAUCACUUGUGCAUCCAACUUCUAAAGCCUCAGGCAGUUUAGGACAGUAGAUCUGAGGGUAGAUCCAUGAAGGGAAAAUCCCAUUGUUUAAUGUGGAGCUGCAAACUCGUUUCCUUGUUCAUCUCAUCCUGUAGAUCAACACUGAUGUGUAUAGAUUUCAAAAAAGGCCCAAAAGUUUAGUGAAGGAUAAUCGUUUUUAAAGGGACUUCUAAUUGUUUUAUUAUGCCAGAUUCCACGUUCUCUUUUGUAUCCAUGCGCUUUACAUCAUAACUAAUGGUGUAUUCCCGCUGUACUCAGCCCAGUUUCCAUGUGAUGGUCAACCUCAUGUCGACCAUGUGAGACUUUCACUUCAAAAACCAGGAGUGAUUCAACGACUGUACUUUCUGGACCAAAUUUCAAUUUUCAUUAACUGUCUCUCAUUUUAAUAAUCCUGUCCAUCCUUGAAACCUCUUUAAUGCAAAGCUUCUUUUGUGAACUGUUGUAAUCUAUUCGGUAAUGAUGUGAUAUUCUUUAAAGAAAUGCAAGAAAAGUAAAAACUGAGUGCGUGUGUAUCUAAUACACCCCCAUUCUCUUUAGUUAAUGGUGUCCUUGUUGAGUGACAUUACUCCCCCUUUUUUUCCCUCCCCUACACAUAACAGUAAUUUCUCUGAGUUUCUCACGUAAGGACAAUAUUCUCCCUGGCAUGUUCAAACAGUGGUUGGGAUGUUAGGAAAGAGGAUGUGGCUCCCAUUCCUAACUCCAUCUAUUGUUAGGAAUGUAGGAUGUUUGUGAAGCUAGGGACUGUCUUGAAGCUUUGUUUUCUUACAGUAUCUCAGGAUAAAAAUUCCUGCCCUUGCUCAGUUGAGUGGCUGUGGUAUCCUUCCCACCAUGACAGUAGUGCCUCUGACAACAUAAAUAAUUUUAAUCUCCCACUCCAUUGUUGGGUCUGCCCUCUCAUGUAGCUUUGGUGGUACAUUGACCUUUUGGUUUAUAUUUUUUUGCAGUGUUAGGCAGGAGACGGGAAACAAACUUGCAUAAACUUGGUAACUAUGGGGUUGCUCAUGGAUUUAAUGAGUUGAAUGUCCUCCUAUAUCACGAGAAAAAUAGGAGUGGGAGGCAAUGAGCAUCAUAUUCAUGAAUAUUAUUGCUGCAGUAACAUUCAGACAGAUCUCUUGAUCUGCUUCUAAAGCAGUAAAUACCUUGGCACCUUAUUCUGGAGGUGGAAGAAGCAGAAUUCUUGGAUGGUCCAUGGGUUUUUUCCAUUCAUUCAACUAUUUCUUGUGUUCACUGAGGGAAUAUUUUAGCAGGGACAUCCCAUUGAACUUCAGAUUCUGAAAAUGAAGGCCAUUCAGAGUCAAGGUCAUUUCUGUAAAAUGUUGAGACAAAGGUGAAAGUCAGCCAAUGUAGGUUGAUAUGGCACAGCUGUAAGACUGGUCAAAGGUAUGCUUGUGACAGGACCACAAUGGUAAGAAAUUUAGGUUACCUAUUCUCCUGCUUUGAGGACUGUUUUACAGAGACCAGAUUAAGAAGAACCUAUUGGAAAAUUGAUCAUCUUCCCUGGAUAUUUUCUGCAAACUUUGUAAGUGUAAUACAGGAUCUGCUCCAAGUGCUCAUCUCAUUCAAGAACUUCAUCUCCAGCAUCAGAAAAACAAAAAAAAUGCAGAAACUGGAAUUCUGAAAUAAAAACAGAGGAUACUGGAAAUACUCACAGGUCAGGCAGCAUCUUUGGAGGGAGAAAUGGAAUUAACUUUGCAGGUUCCUUUCAUCAGAACUGAGUAAAGUUAGAAGUCAAACAUGUUUGAAGUUGUAGGCAGUAGGUGGAGAGAAUAAAGGGACCGUCUGUGAUAAAGAUGCAGAAAGGAAAGGGAAGAGAAGGGAGAAUAAAUCUAGCAGUGGCAUCAUGUUGAAGGUAGUGGAAAAUGCAGAUAAAUCUGUUGAAUCCGGCUGGUGUGGAAAGAGAGAGGCGAGAACAGAAAUGUUAGAAAUUGAACAGAUGCGAUUGGGUACCCUGUUUCUCUAUCACAGUCAUUUCAUUUAUUCACGCCACUCCCCUCCCUAUUCUUAACACAUUUUUGAUUUCUCAGUUCUGGUGAAAGGUCAGCGACCUGAAAUGUUGACUCGCUUUCUCUCUCCACAGAUGCUGCCUGACCUGCUGAGUAUCCUCGGCAUUCUGCUUUUAUCUAAUCUCUAGCAAAUCCUUUCCUUCCUGUUCAUUGUACCACCAGCAUCUUGAACGUUCCAUGCCCAAUGCAUAACAGUCAAACACCUACGAUGUCUUCCCAUUUUCAUGUUUUCCAGCUCCAAUUUUAUGACGGAGACUAGUUUGAUCAACAGCAUUGAUACUUUUUUUCCCUUGACUGUUAACAUCAGGGGUUGAAGUCAUUUUAGAAGAACCAGCAUAGCUUGAUGCACACUUAUACACAGACACAAUGGUCAAAUGGGUUUAACGAUUGGAACUUGGAAGCUUUAACCAGUUAGGCUUUUCCUUCCUUCAGCACUGACCUCUCUUUGCUUCAUUGUACUGUUAAACACUCCAUCAACAGUCUAUAAAAUGGCAAGUAUUCACAGCUGUGGUUAAGAUCGAUGAGAUUAGAGCCUUGGAUAUCUAUAAAGAUCUAUAAAAUAUUGUGUGAUACCUAUUAAUUUACACUUUUACACUCUCAAGAGAGAAUGGUUAAAAACUGUGGCAGUUAACAAUACAGCUGCUGGUGAGCAAUUCGUCAUUGCCCAUUUAUUUCAUUCCAGGCUAUAAAAUGUUGCUAAUGCACCCAAUGGUGCUCAACCUUUGGGAAUCAGCAUGAAUAAUCCCCAAGGCUGAAUCAAGUUAUUAGCUAUGAAUGUUUGCCUGCCGGUGGUAUGUUAUCUUCCAGUCUGGAAACACAAAGGUAUCACCCCAUUUGUCAUACCACAGUGAUACCGGAGGUCAUUUUUCGAUAUAGUUACUGUAUUCAUUGAGAGAACAAGUUACCUAUUUAAACACAAUGGAAAUGUCCACUGAUGAUUGACAACUAUUUUGAUUUACAUGUGGUACUUCUUCUCAGGCAGGCCCUUGGGAUUAUGGAUGACUUACUUCCACUCCAGUUUUGAGGUUCCAAAGUGGCUCAUGAGGCCACUUGGGACACAGAUUUUUCCGCAGAUGGGGAGAUGGUGGCUGACAGGACAGUUGGGUAGAAGUGGCCUGUUCCUUGCACCCUUAUGCAAGGCUUCUGCAUGCUCUUGAUACAUAGACUAGAUAUUCUCAAUAACAUCUCCUCCAUUUUGGGCCAGAGAUUCCCAGGAUUCAGUGGGGAUAUUCCAUUUCUUCAAGGAUGCUUUGAGCACAUCCUUGAAUCUUUUCCUCUGUCCACCUGGUAAUCUCCUCCCAUGAUGACUUCAGAAUAGAGUAUCUGUUUUUGGAAUCUAGUGACAGAUAUUUGAAGACGUGGCCUUCCCAACAUUGCCAACUGUAGCAUUAAUGGAGAAGUCAACAGAUAUUUGUUUAGGGACAAUGAGGUGAGGGUCCGUGAACGGUUAUCCCGGGCAUGUUACUCGUGGUCAAUACACAAGAAGAUAUCUUACCCAGGCAGUGUGAAAGUAAUCAAAGAUUAAUUAGAUUAGCUUCAAUGGAAAGGAGACUAAUAUUUCACUCCGACAAACAUUUUGACUGAGCAGUGGAAAAUCCAUACACUUGCUUACAACACUGACGUUGUGCUCCUUUGACAUGGAAAGUCAGUUGUAGUAUGAAGUGGUUGUUGAUUCCACAUGAUCUUCAUUGACCAUUCUACGACUAUGAGUGAGGACCAUGUAAUGUGGAUUCUAUAUGUGAGCAUGGUCUAAGGAGGCUUGGACAUCCAGUGAGCUAUCUCAGAAGCCACACUGCUUCCCUCACUAGUGGAGUUGCAUGUCAAAUUGGCAUUCACCUAAUGUUAUGCAACGUGAGAUAUUUUGACAUUGAGGGAACUGAGAGAUAAAGGAUUAGUGCAGGAGAGUCUUGCAUAAUCUUACUGAAUGGCCAAACAGGCAAGUGUAGCUAAAUGGCUCACUCAGUCCUUGACAUUCCAGUGUUUGUUACUUCCUUGAAACUCUGUCACCUUCAUUCGAGAUUUUAAUUGCAAAGUAGUUGCACAUUGCUGAUCAGCAGUGAUGAAACGUUUUCUGCAUUGGAAUCUUAUUUACUCUUGAGACCCCAUAUCUUCAGGACAUGCUCAUUUCUUCUGUGGAUGAAAAGUUCUCAAAGUAUAACAGGCUUUUAAAGGACAGUAAGCCAAGGUGAAUAAUGAAACAGCAAGCUUCUCACUGGUUGCAAUGAGCAGUAUUGAUUUAGUUGACAGCACAUUUUGUCUCUGCUUUCCAAAAACUGAGUGUUUCAAAUACUUCCCAGGAUCUAAACUGAUGCUCUAAGGUUGUAUUGAGAGAGUGCUGCCCUGCCAGAGGAAUCUUCCUUUGUAAACCAAAGCUCAGGUGCCUUUUCAGGUGGAUGAAAAAGCACCUGUACAAUGAGUUGGGAGAAGUACAGAGGUGACCGAGCCAAAAUCUAUCUUUCAUUAAAAUUACUGUAUAAUAAACACUUUAUUUGGUUGUUCUUAUAUUGGGAUUGCUAGUGAGUGGGCUGGGGAAAGUUUACUGAUUGCUGCUUUAUCCAUAUUACAAAUUGAGCUGUAUUAUAUUUUGGGACAUUUCACACCUAUGAAAGGUGGUCAGUAAAUCCAAAUCUCUCUCUGUCCCUUUUUUUGUGCUCUUUUGAAAUGUUUUACAGAAGACAGAGAUUUGUGGCGCAGACUUUGGAGUAGAUAACAUUGCUGUAAAUUUCUGUUUCAGUUGAUAAUAAUUCAUGUUUAUGCGAUUGCUUUCAGUUAUAUUAAAAGCAGGCACUUUCUCUGUUCAAUUAUUGAUGGCAUGUCUCAUACCAUUAUGUAUGUGAGAAAUUGAAGCACUCCACUGGAAGCUAAUUAUCACUUAAGAACCAUACGUAGUAAAAUGAGUAACUAGAAGCCGCAGUUAAUUGCUGCCUUAUUUAAAAUGUUGUGCACGCUUAUAAAGAAAACCAUCGAUUGUCGAGAUUCAAAAGUGUCAAGGGAGAUAUGUAAAUUCUAUGCACAAUGCAAGCUGAGAAAUUGGGCAGUGGGGGGAAGCUGUGUGGGUACUUAUUUUAAAAGGCCAAUUUAAAAAGAAGUUUUAGCUGAAGGGAUCAUCAAUUCACAUAUAUGUCAGUGUCUCUCAUACUCUCUGAUGUUGUGUUGUCUCUUCAAUUUGUAACCAGUGACUGGCAAUUUUCCAAAUAAACCUCACUUAUAUGGCCUGGCUAAGUUUUAGGAUCAAAGUUGCAAUUAAACAUCCAGACCAAGAAACGUGGCACCCUUGACUCUGGAUGCAUGUCUGAUUCUUAUUAGAGGUGCAUAGUCUGGCAAAAAUACAUAAUAUCGUAGCUAAGUGUAAAUGAUCUGUUAGUUUUGAUUGUGGUAUGAUUCCCCUACAAUAACUGACUCGAGGCAAUUAGAAGCAGAUAUUAUAUGUGGGCUUUUGUAGCUGGUUCGGGGACAUUAAUAUUCAUGUUAUGAAUUUUUGGAGAUGUGGUCGAUUGCACUUUGGUUGUGAUGUCCCCACAAAACAUCUCCCCACUGGUGUUCAUCUGACCACUGGUGUGGAAUGGGAAAUAGUCCCACUGAGUGAGACAAUCCAUUAUUCAGCUUCUCCUUCCACAAUAACAAGGAAUGCAGGUUAAUUGGGAGAAAGGAAAGAGAUUAUCCAUCUGAUAGCAAAAAAAAACAAAAAGUGCUGGAAAUACUCAGCAGAUCAGGCCACAUCUGUGGGAAGAGAAACAGGGUCGAUGUUUGUGGUCAAAGACCCUUCGCUGCUUUUCGCUGACUUUGAUUAUCCAUCUGCAACCUUCUCACAUGCACUAACCUGUCUCGUUCCUUGACAUUGACAAGCAUCCAGCAUGCAGUUUGUCAAGAAGUGGCUCCAACCAAGAAGGUGAAGAUCGUUGAACCAUUUAUGAGUUCUGUUUUCAUUUUGCAGUUUCAAUUCGAUUGCAGGGAAAUUAAUUGGUCCUUGAUGGUGCUUAUAUCCCUUAGAAGGCUCAUCUCAUGCUGCAAUGUCAACUUCAUUUUCUUUAGCUUUGAUCUAACUUCCUGCACUAAGUCCAUGACUAAGCUUGAAAAGUGGCAGGAUGUGAGGCUGUGAAGGUGCUAUAUAAAUGAAAACCUUCUCUUCUUCCCUUAUUCUUAAGUACAUCAACAUAAUUUGCCUCAACAACUCUGCAUUUGUUCCAGAAUUCACCAUUCUCUUGAUAGAGUUAUUUCCCCUAAAUUCUUUACUUAAUUCAUUGAUGAUUACCUUAGAACUAUGGGCCCUCUGUAAGCCCUACUAUAAAUCCCUUACUUUCACUCCAACAAAGGCACCAUGUGAGUCCCAUAAUUGCUCCAUUAUGUGCACACACCUGAAUGCAUGUAAACAUUCAAUGAGUGAAAACCUUAAACACAGUGGUAGCUGGUUUUUAAGGGGAAACCCUUACCUAAUGAAAGGAUAUUUUUGCUAUUUUAGAAAUACAAAGAUGUAUAUGAAAUGAGAUUGUAAAGCAGAUGUAUUAUGAAAAUUUUCUUGUGUUUGUCAAGCAUCCAAAAGAAGGAACUCACAUUUACAAUUCACCCAGACUCAAGUCUGGGCGCUACCUGAAUAGGUACGUGUAAGCAAUGGGUGGCACAGUGGUUCAGCUAGUAGAGCCAUUGACUCACAGCUCCAGUGACCUGGGUUCAAUCCUGACUUCCAGUGCUGUUUGUGUGCAGAUUGUAUGUUCUUCCUGUGAUCAAAUUGGGUUUCCUCGGGGUGUUCUGGAUUCCUCCAGAGAAAGACCUACAGGUUGGUAGGUUAAUUGGCCACCGUAAAAUUCCCCCUCUUGUAGGUGGAUGGUAGAAUUGAUGGGAAUGUAGAGAGAGUGGAUAACAGAAAAAAAUGGUGGGGGAGAGAGAUUGAUCUGUGAGCUGGCAUAGACCAGAUGGACUGAAUGGCCUCCUUCUAUGUCAUAUGGAAGUAUGGAAGACUAUUAUUGAGAGCAUUGCAACUGUACACAAGUACUCCAUUUAUUGUGAUUGGGCAAACUUGUAACCUUGAAAUGCAAGCAUAACUUAUGCUAUCCUCAAGGGUUACAAGAAUGUAGCGUUGGCAGAGAUGGACAUUCCCAAAUCAAUAACAUUCAUGGAUAGUCUGUUGUACUGGUUCGCUGUUAAGCAAUACACCAGAGAGCACUGAUGAUCUGAUCGCUUCACUCUGAAGAUUAUCCUCUCAUGGUUGACUUGCCCCAAAGUGCUGUUGAUGGAGAAUGCAGUCCGUUCUAAAUCGGUGCAGAUUUGGAAUAAGAGAGAGGCAGGCAGAACAUAAUAUAAAAUUAAACUGCUUAUUACAAUUCCUUGGGUCAUGCUAAAAAUAUAUUAAAAUCUUGCUUUAUUCGAUCGUUGCAACUUAGUACUAACAGAUACCUUUCCUGAACUCCCUUUCUUAUUAUCAUUAACCCCCUUCACCUGUAACUGGACAACAACAUGAUUCAGAAGGAAACAAAGAUGAGUCCUGAAUAAGUCAGUGAUUUGUUUUGGAUGAAGAGCUUUUGAAUGUCUUGACCUUGGUAUAUGAAAUCGCUGGAUAUCAUUUAACCUGUUUGAAUACAAAAAAAAAAGCUGCCUGUGGAUGUUGUCUGUCGGUCAACUUGCCUUUUUAAUUCUUAUGCUGUUGAGGUGUGAUGUGUUUGUAUCUUUUAAUGUAGCAGACUUGAGACUUUCCACAGUGCUGUUAAUAUGUGAAAAAAAAAUGAAAAUGGCAACAAUUAAGAUGUGUAUGCUUCAAUAAACUGUUUUUUAAUAGCUGGCAGUGUGUUACAGUGUACGUACUAAAUAUAUAGAAAUUGAGUUCUCAUCAUGUUGCCACAGUACUAGACCCAGUGAGCACUAAAUAAAAGAGAAAGACUAUUUAUUAUUCCUGUCGCUGAUGCGUUGUGUUUAUGCCAGGGCUGGGAUAUCUUUUAAUUGUUGUUGUGGGAUUGCUUUCCAAGACAACACAUAAUUUUACACUGUUGGUGUAGUCCACCAAACGGUGGUUUAGUUUACGUCAUCGAGUGACAAAAUCCUUCACUGAAGCUUUUGGAUUGUUUUGAUGACCUUAGGCUUUCUGUUCCAAAUGAUUUGAUAACCAUUGGAUCUUUAUGGGCCUUGUUGCCAUAGCUUUAUAAGAAGAAUUAAUCUUUGUAAUUUGGUAUUGGUGAAGCCAUAUGACCUCUUAUAAUUAUACACAUUCCAUCUCUUGAUUCUCUGAACAUUAUUUAUGGAGUCUACGUUGACUGGUGCUGAUUCCAACAAUACUGAAUUUGGAUUUCCAUCUUACCCCCUUUUCCCAGAGUACUUGACUGUCAACAUCUUCCUUUGGCUGGCUCAAGUGUUCAACAAGGCAGGUCACAAAUAAUUAUUUGGGACCUGUCAGGUAUGUGUCACCCAGAGCUAGUUUAUGGGGUCUCCUGCAAAUGAUCAAAUUAAUGGUAAUGAGCUUUGAUGGUUCACUCUUUGUUUGGGGGCAGGAGAUGAUCAGAGUUGUCCAUGUUAUCCCAACAAAAUCCAUCAUGUGUAGCAUCUCUACCAUAUGCAGGAGGCUGCCAGAUCUGGCUCUGCAUGAACUGGAUGUGCAGGUUAUACUUUUAGCCUGUGCUGAUAAUAUCCUUUCUGAGGAUCCUUUUGACUUGCAGAGGGAAGGGGAGUGCCAGGGUUAGAAGAAAACAAACAAAAAAUGAGUCAUUACCAAAUGAUGUACAGUAACUCAUACCUGAAUGGCUUUAACUGCUUAUUUGGCAGUCUGAGGGAAGGCAUCAUCUUCACUUCAAACCCAUGGGCUGUAAGUUGUUCAGAGAAAAAGAUGUAUAGUCAAGCAAUUUUGUUUGUAGUACUCCCAUCUGUAAAAUUUUUGAAAGUAGAUUUUGUUUCCCAAGCAUAAAUAUGUGUAUGGGUAGAAGGGAAGAUUUCCACUUUGGUCCCUGGUUCCAGCCUGGUACCCAAUGAGACCUGUCACAACUAUUUGUGUUACAUGUCUGCUUUAGAAAUUGUAUCAAGCUGCAAGGACCUGAGAAUAUAUCACCGCAAUUGCCUCUGUUGGAAAAUAUAGCAGGCCUGAUGCACUGGUAUUAUUGCCGUCCUGUUCUUCUCUUUUGCAGUUCCAAUAAUAAAUAAA